UUAUUCACAAACCAUACAUAUACAUAUAAAUGGGUUAAGCUGUUUGAUGUUAUCUCAUUUUCCCUUCAUUUCCAGUCAGAUACAAAUAAAUUAUCUCUCUGCUUCCGUGUAGAUAUUUCAGAAUUUCAUAUUUUAAGUUAUGGGUGUCGAUGAGAAAACUCUCAAGUUAUCCGAUGGUGAUAAUAUGAAUCAGCAAGAAUGUGCCAUAUCCCUGCAUGCCUAUUCUGAUCUUACCAAUGUUUCUCCAGCGGUAUUCUUAUAUCUUCUGAAAGAGUGUUACAUUUAUGGCACAUGCAAGGCAACUGCAAAGUUUUUUGCCCUCCAGCAACAGGUCUAUCAAGCCUUGCAUAAAAUGCCAAAACCUGGACCAGCUGUAUUUGUGGCCCGUUGCCUAUCUUUAUUGCCGAUUUUCGAACCACAUUGUGAAGGUUUUAGUCAUUUAAUGAUAGCUGCUCUUCGUCGAUUUUUUAAAGCUGGAAAAACACAGGAAGACUUUAGUGAAGCAAAGUUUCUCAUCACCCAAUUAUUUAAAGUUGCUGUAUGUGGUACUAAACUUCACGAUGACAGAAUACUUGUGAAAAUGCUUGAAAUUUUUGAUAUUAAACUUACGGAUAUCAAAGAGGUUAUUGGCCCGUUUAUCUCGAGGCUUCUAGAAUCUCAAUCGUAUCUGACAACUGUUACUCUUCUUGAACAUCUAUCUAUUCGUCGAGAUGAUGAAUCUUUUCUUCAUGAAAUGGUGGAAAAGCAAGAACACCGAGCUGCAGAAAAGUAUGCAGCAUAUAUAGGGAAGCCAAUGCUGUGUGUACUCAUCCAGUGUUAUAUAGACAGGAAGAUGCUUAAACAAGCUUAUGAACUUCUAAAGAAAAAUAAUUUGCGUGAAGAAUUUCCAGAAGUAUAUCAAAUGGGUAAAGAAAGUCAUAUUUGCAGCUCACUUAAGAAGCUGGCAGAAAAGGGAUGCUGGGAUAUCGCAGAAAUGAGGGCAAAAUCUGAUAGGAAACUUCUUGAAUUUCUGGUCUAUUUGGCAAUGGAAGCUGGUUACUCGGAGAAGGUUGAUGAACUCUGUGAUAGAUACUCCCUCAAAGGUUUCAUACAAGCCAAUGAAGUCAAGGCAAGCCUUCCGCAGAUAAGAUAUCUGCAUGUGGAUGAGUUGGCAAUAGAUGACAUCAUCUGGGUUGAUGAGCCUGUAGGUCUGCAUGAAGCAACAUCUCAAAUUGAGGUUUGCAAAGUCAUCGGCCUUGAUUGUGAAUGGAAGCCUAAUUAUGUAAAGGGUGGCAGUAACAAGGUAUCCAUCAUGCAGAUUGCUACUGAGAAGACGGUUUUCAUCAUUGACUUGAUAAAGUUGUCUCAUGAUGCUCCUGCUGUUUUAGAUAGCUGCCUAAUUCGGAUUUUUCAUUCUCCUCAGAUUUUAAAACUUGGUUAUAAUUUUCAAUGUGAUAUGAAACAACUGUCUCAAUCAUAUGGAGAAUUUGCUUGUUUUAAAAGCUUUGAAAUGCUGUUAGACAUUCAGAACAUGUUCAAAGAAGUUGGUGGUGGUCUUUCAGGUGUAACAAAGGAAGUAUUGGGUCUUGGCUUAAAUAAGACAAGAAGAAACAGUAACUGGGAGGAUCGACCAUUAACCCGUAAUCAGCUAGAGUACGCUGCUCUUGAUGCUGCAGUGCUUAUCCACAUAUUCUAUCAUAUUCGCAGCCGAUCACAAUCUACAGGUGUUUCAAAUGAGCAUAACCAAAUGGAGUGGAAAUCACACAUUAUUUCUCAUGGAGGUGACCCGACGAAGAUCAAAAAGAAAGAGGGUGAGAAAGGUUCGAACACCUGAAUCAGAGAAUCUCAUGAAGCAAGUCAGAGUUAGGGUGCAAAUAUGAUUGUUUUUGAAAGUGCAUAUGACCAAAAACAAAGUAGUCACAAAAGUCUAGAAAUGGUAUGAAAUUUGAAAUCUGUACAUAAUGGGAUGAUCUGAAAGAUGGUAAAUGUUGACAAUGAUUAAGAUUAGUUUUUACCUUUUA